UAGUUCAUGUGAUUCUGAGCUACUGCCCCUCGUACACAUUUUGAUCACCAUGGCUAGAAUCACCAUUUUCAGAGCUGCAGGAAUUCUUGUUGUCGCCUUGCUGUGCGGAACGGAAGUACAAUUUGCGACUGGAAUAACAACCACAGAUGUGCCAACUACAACCAGUAUACUGACAACUGGCCCAACUACAGCCCCUAUACCAACAACAACUGGCCCAACUACAGCCCCUAUACCAACAACAACUGGCCCAACUACAGCUACUAAACCUACAACUACUGCAGCUGCAACUACGGUAAAUUCAACAACUGAACCUACAAACACCACAACAGGCAACAUGACAACGGCCCUAAGCAACAUGACAACAACCAUAAACAACAUGACUACAACCAUAACCAACAUGACUACUUCAUCAGGUGGAACAACCUCGGUUCCAAAAGCUCAAUGGCAGGUGAAGGAUAAGGAUGGCAAGCUGUGUAUACUCAUGGACUUUGGUGGGACGAUUACAGAGGUGACUCGUAAAAACACUGUGAAUAUUCCACCGGAUGCCCACGUAUCAGGAAAUUGCAGCUCACCUUCACACUCGGCAUUCUUUCUGUACUUUUCUGAAGGAUCUGGGCUUUCUGAACAAAUUUGGUCUGACCUUCGUCAUAAGAGGGAGCUCUUUCGAGCUUGAAAAGGUGGAAGCCUCGUGGUCUACCUUCUCCACGGGACUGUCAUCUUCUUCGUCGGGGAAUUUUUUUGACGUGCCCGUCGGAAACUAUUACAACUGCAGCGAGUUCAACUUCAGUCUGUCACUAUUCCAGCUCAACCUCACCCAGCCUUCGUUCCAGCCGUUCGUCAAAAAGACCAAGGGAGGAGAUAAUUUAGGAGAGGCCUACCAAUGUCGGCCUCCAUCUGCAGACUCCGAUCUCGCCCUCAUCAUCGGGAUCGCCGUCGGUGUCGGUGUGGUAAUCAUCGCAGCAAUUGUGGUUACAGUCUGCUUGGUGAAACGAGGAAAGAGUCCAACUGCUAAAGGUUACAGUAAAGAGCCCUGAUCUGACCUUUGACCUCUGACCUCGAUACAAUAAGACUGUGAAUUCACCGUAUGCAAGCAACAUACAUUUUAGACAUUAUAACUAUACAUCGACGGGCGGGGCCAGGAUAUUUUUAAUGGGGGGGGGGCAAGACGAAGUAAAGAUGACGUCACAUUUUUUUCUAAAUAAAACUUUAAUGAUGCCAUAGAGAUACACUGUAAGACUUUCACAUUUUAUACUCUCCUUGCUUCUUUUUCUACGUUCACCGUUUUUUUUUAUUUAUCCUCUUUUCUAUAAACUUUUUUUCACUACUUUAAAAUUCAAAAUUCUUUUGGGUGGUUGCCCCUGCCCCCUGUGUCUCCGCCCCUAAUUACGACUAUUAAUGCUUUGACCAAAAAAAGUGUAAGUCAUGUAAAUAAAAAAGAUGCGUGUGGUUUUGAUGACUCGUAAUUUAAUCAGUGUUUAGUUCUUCGGCAAGACUGCAAUUAUGCUGUAAGGUUUCGAGCGAUAUUCAAAAAGUAUCAUCGAAAAGAAUUGACGUUUCCAAGUGUAGCUCUGUUGCAUACUUUGCCAAUCUUUUGACUGAAAUAUAACUUUUUUCAACGUUGUUGAUAAUUCAUCACUCUAAUAACCUUAAAGUGUUUUUUUUUAUAUUCAAUUCUAUUAUAAAAUCUCAUUGUAUUUUCGAUGCUACUUUAUCUUUCAAACAUUCUUGAUAUCAAAUAUUUAAAUCCAAAUUCAUUUGAAAUGAUGAACAUUACCACUACCUGGUUCUGUUAUCACAAAAUAUGAUUAUAAUAAUAGGUAUCAUUAUGAUAAUUAUACCUAUAGUAUACAAAAGACGGUAUGAUUACAAGUGAUGUCACUGCUAUAUAUGAGUCUAUAUUGCGUUUUAGACAAUUAGAGAAAAGCAAAAACGAGAGGGAGCAACAGCAUGGAGAAAUAAUAUUAAGGUAUUUUGUCACUAAGAUGGGUUUUUGUCUCGCCUGCAUAGCAAAGCGAAACUAUCGGUGCCGCUUUUCCGACGGCGGCGUCGUCAACAUUGAAAUCUUAACCUAAGGUUACGUUUUUUAAAUGUCAUAAUAACUUAGAAAGUAUAUGGAUCUAGUUCAUGAAACUUGGACAUAAGGGUAAUCAAGUAUUACUGAACAUCCUGCCUGAGUUUCAGGUCACGUGACCAAAGUCAAUGGUCAUUUAGGGUCAAUGAACUUAGGGAUUCAAUAUCGAAAGCUUAACCAAGGUUAAGUUUUUGAAAUGUCGUCAUAACUUCUAAAGUAUAUGAACCUAGUUCAUGAAACUUGCUAUAUUGAAUCGCGUAAUGCAGGCGAGACUGCCGGAGGCGAUCCAUUUGUUUCUGUUUUAUAUUGAUUUUGACUCGAUUCAUUAUUUUGUGAUCUUUUUGUAUAUUUACGAUUAGUAAUUCCAAAUGAAUUAUG